UUGACAAAGAACGUUGAAUAUCAAACUUGAUGAACUAAAAAUUUAUUCACUUGAACUUUUGUUUCUUUGUCCAGAUUUUGAAAUAAAACUUCAUUAAUGAUGAAAUUGACACUUUUGGCUUUUCACAUUCUGAGUUACUGCUUUAUUUUGAUCACUUGUAAAAACAUAUACUCUAGUUCCCAUAAAAGUAGCAAUGCGUUCAUUUCCAACAUAAUCUCAGGUCACGUUAGCCCAGACAGGCCUUUCUUCGUGCAGAUCUCGCUUGACAUUGACUUCCAGUUCCACUCCCAGCCCCGCAUCUGUGGGGGAGCUCUGGUCGGUGCCAGUUGGGUGCUAACAGCUGCUAGUUGCCUCGGCUCUGACGCUGGAAGUUUUCUGAUUGAAGUUGGGAACUUCACGCAAACAACUGAUGUUCCGUUCUCUAGGGAGUACAGAUCUGCUUCAAGAAUUUUCCUGCAUCCGAAUUUCAGCCCUGACAUAUCCAAGGACAGAAGCGUGCAAAUGAACGACAUCGCACUUAUCCGAUUGUCACACCCUGUUCCGCUGCACCGAGUGAUCAAAAUGUGUGAAAACUUCGCCCCUUUUCACACCCUUCUCGGAACAUGCGGCAUGGGAGUUACCGCAACAACAGGCGACUCGAGUUUCGGAUUCUCGAAGGUUUUGGUUGAAACCCACUUUUUCGAGAACAAACUCAGCUGCAGAAUUGAUAAUAUUUGUGCUAAACAGAUAUACUCAAAAAGUAAUAUCUGCGACGGUGAUUAUGGAUCGCCUCUGUAUACAUUCCGCAACUACAAUUUGUCGGACGUCGAUUGCUUGUACGGGUUGGCCAGUUUCGCACGUGACCGGAAAACUUGUUCUAAGGGAAGUUUCUUCACGAGUAUUCCAUACUUCAGAUCAUUUAUACGAUCUACAAUGAUGUUAUACGAUCAGCCAGAAUAAUAGAUUAGAAAUAGAAAAAAAAAUAGAUAAAAUGAAAAGUGCUGAAAUCGUGAAGUCAGUUUAAAUUUAAUCUUCAUAAAAACAUAUUUUUUCAAAUAACUGUCAAGUUUUCCUGAAAUUUGCAGACUAGGCUCGAUCUAUCUGAGACUGAAUAGUGCGCCUAGCAGAAAGCUAAAGUUGGCUUAGCUUUCUGAAUUUCAAGAGCGCAUGGGGUCAGAAAAAAAAUUCGAUAAAGAUUCUGACAAUAGCCGGAAUAAUAGCGACAACCAUUUGAGUCGCGACGACCGCGACGUAUGUGUUUUUAGCCUAAAUGCGGCACUGUUUUAUAGAUUGUACAAAGAUAUGUUAAUUUUGAUUAGUUUUCUUAUAUCAGGUUCUUAGUAGCCUGAAAAUUUAAAUUGCUUUGAUGUAAAAUUUAAAUAUUUG